AUGUCAAAGGAAUACGAAGGCCGCGACCUAAAAGACAUCGCCGCUGAGGCCGAGCGUGAUCUCAAUGACAGACGCCACAACUUCGGGACGCAAGACGGCACUGGCUUCGGUGGUAAGACCGUGGGCGGUGGUAGCACCUCCACCGAUGAAUCCGGAAUCGAUCAAUCAGUAACCAAUAAAUUCCCAGGAAGCACCGCUGAGUAUGGCUCGAACGUCACAGGCCGCACCAUCCCACCAGAGGAGGGUGGCAAUAUCCAGAAAGGUACCGGCAAAAUGACCAAGGCCGAGGAUUUUGAGAAAGGCGCACCAGGCGAAGGCCCUGAAGAUGUAUUACGUAACCGUGCGGCGGAUGCUGGCGGAGACGACGACAUCCGGAGCAAUAUUCGACAGCAUGCUCCUCAGAAGCAUACGUCUUGA